AUGAGUCAUUCAGGAGGUAGAUUGCCUGGACAAAAAGCAUCAAAAGUUUCAUGUGAGAGAUGCCGAUAUAGGCGGAUCAAGUGUGAUCGUACGCAGCCGUGUCCUGCAUGUCGGAAAGGAAAUCAUGAAUGUGUUUAUCCGCAAUCGGAAAAAUCUAGGCCGGUACCAAAAGGAUAUGUACAAGCCCUCGAAGGCCAAAUAGCCUCUCUAGAACUAUUUAUCACCAAGCUCAUUGCCGCAGAUGCUUCCAAGCGAGACGAGAUGUUAGCUGAUUUCAGUGCUUCCACGAAUCAUCUGGGUCUACAGUCAAAGCAAUCUUCUGCUUUUCCAGAGCCCAGUCCACCAGAAGCCCAGAGAAUUCCUGUACGAUCAAGGGCCGGUCACCUCAGGAAACUCAAAGACGGUAAUUCGGCCGAAUUCUAUGGUGCAACUAGCUUUUUCCAGAUUAGCCCGUCGGAGGAUCUAGAUGAUACUUCUCCAUCUACCAUACUAUCGCAGCUUGAAGUCAAGCAGCCAGUUACUGCCCAAACCCUAAAUAUAACAGGUGGAUCGAUGGAAGAGCACUUAGCUUUUUCUCCUCGAAGUGAUAUCUGCAAAUGUCUUAUGAGAAUAUUUUUUCAAAACCAGUACCAAUAUCAUAUGUGCUUGUAUAGGGAAUAUUUUCUCCGAGACUUCGAUGCUGGUACGGGGCCAUACUACUCAGAUCUUCUCAUGUAUGCCGUUUGUUCCAUGGGUGCUCUUGCUAGUGAGAGUAUAACGCAGAGAGAGCUAUCCGAUAUAUUUUCCAAUCGUGCUCAAGAAAUUCUAUAUGGAACUGCGCUCGAAUCACCAAACCUUACAACUUUACAAGCCCUUUUGCUUCUUGGUCAUCGGGAAAUUGGACAUGGAAAGACUUCCAAGGGAUGGCUGUUUUCCGGCAUGGCUUUUCGAAUUGCCCAUGAGAUGGGAUUGCAUCUCGAUCCUACCAAUUGGAAAGGUUCUAAUGAUUCCUGGAUCGAUAGAGAGAUCUUACGGAGAGCUUAUUGGGCUGCUUUUAUAGCGGAUAAGCAGUUGAGUCUCUAUUUUGGAAGACCGCCCGCUCUUUACCCUGCGGAAUCAGAUGUUCAUGACACUGUACGAAUACCUUAUCCGCCAGAAUGGAAGUUUCUUCUCAAUAAAUACAUAAUGGAGGGUACUUCCGAGACUGCAUAUGAGGAUGGUCUUGCGUUAGUCGCUUCGUGGGUUCAUCAAAUCGAGCUUUGCAAAAUACUACAUCUUAUGAUUACGAAAGUCUUCGAAAAUAGAAAUGUAAAUACCGAUCCAACGAUAUUGGAGACCUCAAUUAGAGAAGUGGAUGUGGCCUUGACAAAAUGGCUAAAGAACUUGCCAGCGAAACUUCAUUGGACAAAAUGGACUGCAGGCAAUGUGCCUCCUUUCGUACUCCAUCUACACAUGCAAUAUCAUACAGCAAUGAUACUUCUUCACCGCCCACCAAGGGCUGCUUUUAAAGAACCAGGAAUUGGCGAAACCGAGGACAUGCAGAUAUGCUACGAGUCAUUGGAAAUCAUCAUGAAACUUCUUCGAAUGCACUCUAAUAAUCUUCAAGAAUACCCUUAUAGUCACCUUCCUAUUACAUUUGUUCAUACCCUCGCAUCAGCUGCGAGUGUUAUAUUGAUGAAAAGAUCUAUCGAAGGCUCUUCUUGGAAAGAACUUACAGUUUCAAGACCCUUGGAUCAAAUAUUAGAGGCUAUCAAUGGUGUAUCGUUAACAUGGACAUGCGCAAAACAAGUCCGAGAUGCCAUUACAGCUGCUAUAAAAGGACCAUCGAUAGAGGAUCUCCAAAAGACCUCUCCGCGAAAUUUUGAUCUCAUGAUGGGUUUUCUCGAUUCUGGAGCGGAUACUACCAUUUCUUCAGACAAUGUUGACUGGGAUAGUCUUGCUAUGAACGAUAUUGAAUUCGACCUCUUAAUGGGCAGCGAUCUUGCGGUUGAAUAUUCAACAUGGUCCGAGGGGUAA